AUGUCCUGGAAGCUAGGCAAGAAGAUCAAAGAGGGAGCCCUCGGCACUCGCUCUCCCUCUACACCCACCUUUCCUGACCGAUCUGCAACGCCCACCCCACAACACAAUAGCAUGAACGGUCAAGGUAGCAGCACCUCCAAUUCUCAGCUGGGCCCUGGGCCCUCUUCCUCCUCUUCCUCUUCCUCUCCCACCAAUUCUCCCCUCGCCUCUUCCACCGGUGCUCCCAUCCCGCGCUCUGGUCUGCUCACCAUUCGAGUGGUCGAUGCUAGAGGACUCGCCCUGCCACAGGGGGUGAACACACCACCCUCGAUUGCCCGCGCUCUGGCACAGUACGGUACCGCGGGUAGUGGAGCUGGCACCUCCUUUGCCCAGAGCUUUGCCAACACCCAUGGCGGCGGCAGUGGAGGUCACCCGCAUAGGGGCAGUAUGCAGAGGAAGCAGUGCUGGUGGCUGCCGUACAUUGUCCUCGAGUUUGACAAGAAUGAGAUUCUGAUUGAUGCGUUGGGAGGAGAUAUUCAGGGUCCGGUAUGGAUGUACAAGGCGCACUUUGAUGUGUCGAGGAUCUCAGAAAUCUCGCUGCAGACCUACCUGCGAUCUGGUGAUGGCGCAGGAGCAAGCAAUACCGCCAACGCCAAUGGCAAGGACCAGAAUGGCGACGAUGUCAUGGGUGGUGGUGACAUCUUCCUUGGUGGAGUCAAAUUCGUUCCCGACUUUGACCACCCACGUGGGACAGAUCAGUGGUAUCCCAUAAGCGGCGGUAGUGGUCACCUGCACAUUCAGGUGUCUUUCAAGAAUGAGCAGUCUUCGCUCAACAUGGAAGCCUUUGAGCUGCUCAAGGUCAUUGGCAAGGGAAGCUUCGGAAAGGUGAUGCAGGUGAGGAAAAAGGACACUUCGCGGAUCUAUGCCCUCAAGACCAUUCGCAAGGCACACAUCGUCUCGAGGUCCGAGGUCACCCACACCCUGGCGGAGAGGACCGUCUUGGCACAGGUGAAUAAUCCAUUCAUUGUCCCGCUCAAGUUUUCCUUUCAGAGUCCCGACAAGCUCUACCUUGUCUUGGCCUUUGUGAAUGGAGGAGAGCUCUUCCAUCACCUGCAGAGGGAAGGCAGAUUCAACGAGGAGAGGAGUCGAUUCUACGCAGCUGAGCUGCUCGUGGCUCUGGAGCACCUGCAUGGCUUCAAUGUCAUCUACCGUGAUCUCAAGCCGGAGAAUAUCCUACUGGACUACACUGGUCACAUUGCGCUGUGCGACUUUGGUCUCUGCAAGCUCAACAUGGGCGAUCAGGAAAAGACGAAUACCUUUUGCGGGACGCCCGAGUAUCUUGCUCCUGAGCUGCUCCUCGGCCACGGCUACACGCGUGCAGUAGACUGGUGGACACUGGGUGUGCUCCUCUACGAGAUGCUCUCUGGUCUGCCGCCAUUCUACAGCGAGGACGUGAAUGAGAUGUACCGCAAGAUUCUACAGGACCCGCUGCGAUUCGGCGAUGAAAUUUCUCCCGACGCUCGUUCGCUCCUCACUCUCCUGCUCAAUCGCGACCCUCAGCAGCGUCUGGGCUCUGGCGUGGGAGGUGCACAGGACAUUAAGCGUCAUCCAUUCUUCGCGCGCCACAUCGACUGGAAGAGGUUGCUGGCCAAGAAGGUCCAGCCGCCUUUCAAACCCGCAGUGGCGAGUGCAAUUGACACUUCCAACUUUGAUCCCGAGUUUACGGGAGAGGUGCCGGUGGACUCGGUGGUGGACGAUAGCCACAUGCUGAGCGCGACGGUGCAGGAGCAGUUUGUGGGAUUCAGCUACAAUGCGCCUCCCCAUCUCGAUGUCAUGUGA